GUGAGAUGGACAAGCAUAUUGCAUUCCAGAGAUGCAGUUUUAGCAGGGACAGUAUGAACACACAUGGAGUUUGAUUGUCCCACUCAUGACUCAUCGCAAGCUCUGACAUCACUCCACACUUCUCUGUGACUGAUAUCUAUCUACUUCUAUCUAAAUCUUCAUGAACAUAAAUUGCUACUUAUUAGUGUUCUCUUUCUCUGUGCUCUCUUCAACUUAUCAAAAAGAGACUCAAGAGAUACAUAGAUAGAUAGAUAGUAAUCAAAAUGGACAAGGAAGUUGAGCUUGCUUAUGCUGCAGUUGAAGAUGAAUCACAACCACAGAGGCGCAAGGGUGGUCUAAUUACCAUGCCUUUCAUUAUUGCAAAUGAGGCACUUGCAAGGGUAGCAACCAUAGGCCUAUUGCCAAACAUGAUAUUGUAUUUGAUGGGGACUUACAGGCUUCAUCUUGGCACAGCAACUCAGAUACUUCUCUUGUCUUCUGCAAGCAGCAAUUUCACGCCUGUGGUGGGUGCUUUCAUUGCUGAUUCUUAUCUGGGUCGGUUCCUUGCUGUUGGAUUAGGUUCUGCCAUCACUUUGCUGGGAAUGGCACUCCUCUGGCUAACAGCCAUGACCCCACAGGCAAGGCCUCCCACUUGCAACCAUGCAGCUGAAAGUUGUAAAUCAGCAACGUCAGGGCAAAUGGCAAUCUUGCUCUCUGCUUUUGCUCUCAUGUCCAUUGGAAAUGGUGGCCUUUCAUGUUCCUUAGCAUUUGGUGCAGACCAGGUGAAUAGAAAAAACAACUCCAAUAACCCCAGGGUCUUGGAAAUAUUCUUCACCUGGUACUAUGCUUCUACAACUAUUGCUGUCAUAAUUGCCCUCACAGGAAUAGUAUAUAUCCAAGACCAUCUUGGAUGGAAACUUGGUUUUGGAAUUCCAGCAGCGCUCAUGCUCUUAUCUACUGUCUUCUUCCUCCUUGCUUCUCCACUUUAUAUAAAGAACAAAAUACAAACCAGCUUGAUCACUGGAUUUGCCCAAGUAACUGUUGCUGCAUUUAAGAACAGAAAACUUUCAUUACCACCUAAGAACUCGGCCGAACUUUACCAUCGUAGGAAGGAUUCAGAUCUUGUUAUUCCAACUGAUAAACUAAGGUUUCUAAACAAAGCUUGUGUCAUCAAGGAUCCAAAACAAGAUAUAACCUCUGAUGGGUCAGCAUCAGAUCCUUGGAGACUUUGCACAAUAGAUCAAGUAGAGGAACUAAAAGCUAUUAUCAGAGUCAUUCCCUUGUGGUCUUCAGGGAUCAUGAUGUCCCUUAACAUUGGAGGCUCAUUUGGAUUGCUGCAAGCUAAAUCCAUGAACAGACAUAUCACCUCUCACUUUGAAGUUCCAGCAGGGUCUUUCAGUGUAAUCCUGGUAGCUGUAAUAUUUCUAUGGAUAGCUCUCUAUGAUCGCGCGUUUCUUCCUCUAGCAUCGAAGAUCAGAGGAAAACCAGUUAGGAUCAGUGCAAAGAGAAGAAUGGGAAUUGGAUUGCUUUUCUCUUUUCUCCACUUGGUAACUUCAGCAACCUUGGAGACCAUAAGGCGAAAGAGAGCAAUUGAGGCGGGAUAUAUCAACAAUGCUCAUGGAGUGUUGAACAUGUCGGCAAUGUGGCUGGCCCCUCAGCUUUGCUUGGGUGGCAUAGCUGAAGCAUUCAAUGCAAUUGGUCAGAAUGAGUUUUAUUACACUGAGUUUCCUAGGACUAUGUCUAGUGUUGCUUCUUCCCUUCUUGGACUGGGAAUGGCUGCAGGGAACAUUGUAUCUUCUUUUGUAUUCAGUGCUGUGGAAAACAUUACCUCAAGUGGAGGAAAAGAGGGUUGGGUUUCAGAUAACAUAAACAAGGGUCGUUUCGACAAGUACUACUGGGUUGUUGUUGGAAUUAGUGGUCUUAAUUUAGUGUAUUAUCUAAUAUGCAGUUGGGCUUAUGGACCUACUGUUGAUCAAAUAUCCAAGGUAGCUGAAGAAAACGGCUCCAAGGUUAGUGGAGAAAUUGGCUCAAAAGAGAAAGAGUUAACUGAAUUGCAGAACGUGGGUCAGGUUGAUAAAGUCUCGAAGAUUAGUGAAGAAAAUGGCUCCAAGGAGGAAGAGUUGUCUGAACUAAGGAUUAAUGGGGUUCAGGAUGAACAUUAAACUGAAGGCUCCACAGAGAUAGAGGUGCAGAAGAACCAAAUAUUACCUGGUUGAUAUGUUAAACACCAGUCAUAUUCUUUUUUCCAUGUUUAGACGAGUAGUAGUCGCAAUAUGAAUAGACUAUAGUGUAUGUUUACAAACCCUUCUACAAUUGAUUAUGAAAUCCGAAUUAGUUCUUGGAAAAAGCUUCUGUGGUAGCUUCUAUGUUUCAGAAUUAAUUCUGAUUGAAGAGAAGCUGUUCCGAAUACGCUAUUUAAAUGUAUCUCUAUGUAUAAUCAAUUUAUGUAUGAAGAUGCAGAUUAAAGUUUUUUUUU